UAUAACCGAUAAAUGCAUAAAGUAUUUCAGAUUCAAAAAAAGUGCGAAGAGACCAAACCUCCAUUGCCUAUAAGCUGCUUCUUCUACCCCCACCACCGUCACCACGACUCCUCCUCCAUCCCAAAUUCCAAAAAGAUUUUGCCUUUCCUCCUCUCAUGUCCUCCCCAAAUCUAAAUUCUCUCAAUCUCUCUGUUCCCGUCUCAAGUUUUUCUUCGUACGCUUGAUCCCUCGACCUACUCCAUUCUUUUCCCCUCCUGUUUCCCGCUGCUUUAUUGAGCUGGAGGAGUCGAAGAACUCGCCCCUGCUCGGUUCUUGAUCCAAUUCCGAUAGCUUGCGCAGAAAGAUUCGGUUUUUGAGCCUGCGCGCGGUGGUCUGGGUCCCGGAUUGCGGAACCCGCCUUGUGGUUUUGGAAUCGGUGACCUAAUUCGGCGGGCAUUCUGGUGUGGUUAUGGAGCAGGGGAGGAAUCAGCAGCAGCCGCAGCAGCAGCCGAAGCAGGCUGUUUUGCCCGCCGCGGGCGAGAUGAAGGCACCUGCGGUGGCUCCGCAGCAGCCGAAGCCGCCGGCCCCUGCGACGCCGGUGCCGAUGCCUUGGCCGGUGGUCUUCACCCCAACGACGCCUGCCACUGAAGUGAAAAGUGGUACUCCAAAGAAAAAGAAGCAUUGUAAUUGUAAAAACUCAAAAUGUUUGAAGAUGUACUGUGAGUGCUUUGCAGAACAGGUAUAUUGUGAUGGUUGCAACUGUUCAAAUUGUGGAAACAACAUUGAGAAUGAGAUUGCCAGAAAGGAUGCUGUUGACACGCUUCUCGCUCGUAAUCCACUUGCUUUUCAGCCGAAAAUUCAAAAUGGCCCAAGUACACUCAAUGUUCGAAAGGAUAAUUCUGGAGCAGUGCCUCUUGUACCAAAACACAAUAAAGGCUGUCAUUGCAAGAAGUCAGGAUGCCUAAAGAAGUACUGUGAAUGCUACCAAGCAAAUAUUCUUUGCUCCAAGAAUUGUAGAUGCAUGGACUGUAAGAACUUUGAAGGAAGUGAAGAACGAAAAGCUUUAAUUCAAGGGGACUACGUGUCUGACAGAAAUCACAUUCAACAAGCAGCUAGUAUAGCUCUUAACGGUACCAUUGGAUCAUCAGGAUAUAACUGUUCUCCGGUGCGUAGAAAAAGAUCUCAUGAAGAUGCCCUAGGUGGUACGAUAAAACGUGAAGGAAGUUUGUCAGAGGCACAAUUUCAACAGGUUAACCAUGCAGACGUUUCACUGCUUGCACCCUCUUCCACAGGAUUUGACGGGCACAAUGCUGCCAAUUCCCAGUCUAAAUCACAUAAUCCAAUUUAUAGGUCUCCACUAGCAAACACCAUCCACCUUAGUGAGGUCAAUGAUCUAGUCAAGCAAUUGGUGACUGCGUGCAGAAUGGCUGCAGCGACAAUAGCUGAUAGUAAAGUGGAUGAGACUGGAGCAGAGAAGGCAUUCCAUGCAAAUGGGUUAGGCAAUGGUAACUGCAAACAGCAGGACUUGAAAGAAGCCUCCCCGAUGGACAUCCUCAGUGAAGCUUGUAGUGAUCAGCCGAACAUUAAUGAAAUGGGUUCCCAUUGGUCUGACACUACUAAAAAUUCUAGGCCUGCAUCUCCAGCAACACAAGCACUAAUGUGCGAUGAGCAGGAUACAACAUUUGGAAAUGAUUAUAGAAGUUCAUUUCCGUCGAUUUUGUGUGAUCAAGAUAUUUCCGAGAUAAAUGCUGUGCAAGAAAACCUAGUGUUGACUAGGCUGCGAGAGUAUCUCCGUGUGAUUAUCACACGUGGAAAAAUAAAUGAACACAAGUCCUCAUCAGAGGCAGCAAUGGAACUGGAUGCCCGACAGCAUCAUGGAGCAAUACCUGCUUUUCCCCAGGUAAAAACCGAAGAAAAAAUUACUUCUUCCGAUGGUACCGAAAACGUUAGACUUAAUGAACAAUCCAUACCAAAUGAUGGAUCGAAAGGAAACACUGGAAGCUAAGUAGAACUAGGUACAAAAGUUCAGCUUCUUGAUUUCAAGAUGCCCGCACUAUAAAUGAUGUCUGUACAUAGAUGGGCAAGAUAGAUAGUAUAGUCCUUGUUGCCAUUUCUGGCAAACGGCCUUUUAGGAACAACCAUUCAUGAGGUGUAGCAAGCAAAAAGUCCCUGCUAUACAUUGACGUAGUAAUGUAAUAAAAUUUCAAGUUGUUUUUUUCCCUUGAAUUGCCAGUCUGGGAUAUUAUAGAAAAUUGAUGCUGCCUGGUUUUAUCGUCCACAAUAGUCUUCAGACUGUGUGUACUGGUCCACUGCCAUGGAUUCCUCUGUGAAGCAGAGAAGCUGUUCUAUGCACAUAAUUUGAUCCAUGGUAACGAUCAGCUGACAGCAGCUGUAUUGUGCCAUUUGGGUUUGGCAUACGAAGUGGCCAUA